GCGAGUCGUUUCCCUCUUGUCCCAUGCCCAUGCAUGGGGCGAUUCUGUAUCUGGCGAGCUGUAACGUCGUCACCAGCACAGAUGGAUGGCGCACUUGCGAAAACAAAUAAAACGCCCAACGCCGGUGGCCCUCCAUGCCGCCAUCGCCGCUUCCUACCACGACGACGGUCGGCGCCGGUGUCGCCGAGCCAGCUCCCGCGCCGUCCAUGAAGCGAUUGGAGUUCACGACCGCCACCAUAUACGUGUUUGACUUGGACCACGGUGGCAGCGCAGUGCCUGCCGACACGGGACCGCCGAUCGGUCUCGCGCGCCGCCAUUCGCGCAAAGAACACAUCGACUUGACGUCACCAGUCUCGUGGGCGUCCAAGCGCAGUCGGGUGCGGAAGUUCGACCACAACGAACGCAUGAACUUGCUCCAGGCGGCCAGCUACUCGAGAAAAGAAAUCGCUCGGUUUUGCUUUGACGCCAUCGACAUACGAAAGUCCCGCCUUGCCACCCUCGAUGAACUCGAAGCGAAACGACAGGCUCGGCGGCAAAAGCGCAUCAAUGCCCACCGGUCGCACGCCGCCGACCUUGCAAGCACGUCAUAAAGACGAAUUGGACUAUCAUGUAUCAACUGUACGCAAAGCUGGAGGCGAUGCCGUCGCACACAGCUGCGCCAAACAAUCACUAGCGUUAUCGUUCCAGGACGACAGCAUUCAACUAGUGACGCCCGCGGCAUCCCGGUGCACAGCGGAAUGCAGAUUGUUUCGAUGCCGCCUUAAUGAAUAACUUGCAACACAAUUUUGCCGACGUGGGCGCUGGUCUCCAUCAGUUCGUGAGCAGCAGCAGCAUCCUUGAGAGGAAAGACCUUGUACACCGCUGGCUUGAUGGCGGUCUUGGCUUCUAGCAACGGCCACACUCGGGUCUUUAAGUCCGCCGCAAUGGCUGCUUUGAACGGCACUUCACGCGUUCGAAGGGUGGACCCUGUCAGAGUGAGUCGCCGGCGGAGGAUUUGUGCAAGGUCCACUUGGGCCGCGGCACCGCGCUGGAGCGCAAUCAUCACGAUGCGGCCGUCGUUAGCCAACGCUUCAAUCUCACGUGGAAUGUAAUCGCCCCCGACCAUGUCCAAGAUCACGUCGACUCCACGGUCAUUCGUUGCGGCCUUGACAACCGCGACAAAGUCUUCCUCCCGGUAGUUCAUGGCCGCGUCCGCGCCGAACGCCUCGCAUUCGCGGCACUUCUUGGCCGACCCCGCCGUGGCAAAUACACGAUGGCCGAACGCUUUCGCCAACUGAAUCGCCGUGAUACCAAUCCCGGAGCUGCCGCCUUGGACGAGGAAUGUGUCGUUGCCGCUCAGUUUUGCCCGUUGAAACACGUUGCUCCAGACGGUGAAGAACGCUUCCGGCAAAGACGCAGCUUCAACGUAGCUCCAUCCAUUGGGCACGGGAAGGCAAUGCGACGCCACCGCGAUGGCAUAUUGGGCAUACCCACCACCGGACAGGAGCGCGCACACGUUUUCCCCGAGCUUCCACCCCGAUGAUUCCUCGGUGCUAGGUCCAAAUGCCACGAUUUCACCGGCCACGUCCAGGCCAAGAAUAGAAGACGCGCCAGGUGGAGGAGGGUAAAUACCCUUUCGCUGCAAAAUGUCAAGGCGAUUCAGGCCAGCCGCGUACACCUUGAUGAGCACUUCACCUUCACGCGGCACCGGCGUGUCGCAUGUGGCAAUCUGGAGCACGCUCGCCUCGCCAGGUGUGGUAAUGUCGAUCGCUUGCAUGGUGGAAGGAGUGGACAUGGCUGUGCGGGACCCAGUCGCUCCGGAAAUGGCCGAGGCAUCAGACUUGGUCACGCAGCG